AUGGCCAUCGCAAAAGAAUCGCCAGAUGAGCAUUUGCCGAUUGUGAUAUCCGGCGGCGGCUGCGUCGGCCUCUUCCUCGCACUCCUCCUCGCGCAAACACCCCUCCCAAACAGUAUCCUCGUCAUCGAACCGCAGCACCCAGACCCAACAUCGACCCGCGCAAUGGCCCACCAACCGCCUACAUUUCCCCUCUUCGCACAAGUUCCUGGCCUCCUUCCCGAACUCAUUGCUGCUGGCAGCCUUAGUUCAGGGCUGUGCUUCCGCACGAGUGUCAAGAACGGGAGUAAAGUGAUCGCGAGUAAGACAUUUGACAACAGUGGAGAGGGGAUGAAAGGGAAGGGACAGUUGUUGUUGCCGCAGGGGAAGUUUCAGAACGUGUUGAUUGGGAGGCUAGGGGAGGUCGCGGGGAGGGCGGAGGUCAGGCUGGGGUGGAGCGUGGAGGGGUUUACGGAGUCUGAAGAAGAGGCUAAAGUGGCGGUGCAGCUCGCGAGUCCCACGGGCCAGACGGAGUACAUUGAUGCUGCGUACUUGGUUGGUGCGGAUGGUGCGCAUUCGAUUGUGAGGAAGUGUAUGGGUGUCGAGUUGGAGGGCGAGACGCUGGAUCGCCAGCUCGUGGCCACGGAUCUAAGGUUCCCAUUCAAGACACACGGCUUCUUCGACGCGAAUUUCAUUGUAGAUCCCGAGAAUUACGGACUCAUUGGGCGGAUUGAUAAUGAGGGGUUGUGGCGCGUGAGUUACGGCGUGCCGGGGAGUCAGUCUGAGGAAGAGAUCAGGAACGGUGUGAGUGAGAAACUAAGGGGCAUGUUGCCGAACAACGGUCAGAACGAGGAGGGUGAGGAUGCGUUUGAAGUCGUAAGAAUCGCACCAUACCGCGCGCAGCAGAGAUGUGCGUCGACGCUGAGCAAAGGCCGUGUUCUUCUUGUGGGAGAUGCGGCCCACCUGACAAACCCCUACGCCGGUCUCGGCCUCGCCUCCGGCAUCGCAGACGCCGACUCCCUCGCCCCUAUCCUCUCGCACGUCCUGUCCGGCAAAGCGACCAACACCACUCAGCUCCUCGCGUCGUGGUCCGAAGCACGACAACAGAAGUUUUUCGACGUGGUCGACAAGCCGAGCCGCAUGGCGUACAAGCGGGUACGGAGUAAGGUUGAUACUGAGGACGAUGUGAAGGCGUUGUUGGAAAGGGAUCCGAUGGUGGGUGCGCUGAAGAGGGGGAUGCCUGUUAUGCCGCCGAGUUUGAGGACGGUGGGAGGGGAUUUGGUGGGAUGGUGA